AUUUCCAGAUGAAGCUGUCGUUAUUUCUGGUGCUAGUCUUUGGACUAGCCUUCACCGUCAACAUCAAAGGAAGCCCCGUGAAAACCACGCGUGCGUUGCAAGAUGAUCUGGACGAAUUUAUGGCACUGAUCCCGAAGAUGAAAGUGGCGACGAUAUUCUUAGACUACAUGAGAAAUGACGCUGAAGUGCAGGCAGCAAUGGCGUACAUAAAGUCGGAAGAUUUCCAUCAACUGGUCAGAGCGAUCGAGAAAAUGGAUCAUGUCAAAGCGUUGUAUAAGUACCUAGCCGAUUCAGGAUUGAACAUUUACCAAUUGAUCAACGGGAUCCACGGAUUCAUCGGGAUGGAUCCAUAUGAGCCGUUCAUAAUGAUGAAAUCGACCCGAAGAACUGGAGGUAUGGCUGGACUAAUUGCUGACAUCAUGGCAGUGCUUCCAAAGGAGAAGUUCAAAGCUCUGUACUACGAGAAGCUAGAAACGUCGGAAGAAUUCAAGAAGUUGAUCGAGAGGCUGAAGGCUCCAGAGUUCCAACAGGGAAUCGAUCUUAUAUUCACCAACGAGGAGAUCCAGUUCAUUUUCCAGAAGAUGAACGCAGCUGGAGUAGACGUCAAAGCUAUUCUAAGUGUUCUGUCGACCUUAUUAGGCUAUGAAUUUCCAGUCGUGCCUUCCCCUUCGGUGCUACCGAGUGUUAAGGAAGGAAGAACACUGCAUAAUGACUUGGAUGAUUUCAUGGGACUCUUGCCGUUGAAGGAAAUCACCGAAGUUGCGAUACGUUACUUGGAAUACGAUGAAGAAGUACAGUCGGUUGUUGAUUACAUCCAAAGUGACAAGUUUCAUGAAUUGGUGAAGUUAAUAGAAAAAAUUGAAGAUGUGGUCCAAUUCUUGGAUUAUUUACAAGAGUCGGGUUUAAAUGUGUACCAGCUUAUUGACAAAAUACACGACUUCAUUGGACUUCCUCAUCUUCCUAAACCAUCAGGAGGGAUAAAAAGAGUGAGUACUUAUGGAGUUGCUGGGCUAAUCGCGGAAAUCAAGGCGCUUUUGCCACUGGAAGAUAUCAAAGCGAUGUACUAUCACAAACUAGAGACCUCUGUGGACUUUAAGCAGCUUGUAAAACGCCUUCAGUCGCAAGAAUUCCAGAAGAUUGUCGAUACUCUUGUCGUGAACCAAGAAGUCCAAGCUAUUGUUGCAGCAGCUGAAAAAUUCGGCAUUAAUGUUAAAGCUUUUGCUGAUUUACUUUCGACGAUAUUUGGUUUUGAGUUUCCAGAAGAUUUUUUUGACCCGAGAUCGAUGAAGCGAUCUUUGAAUGAUGACUUUAAUGACUUCAAGGCACUAUUGCCAUUAGAAGCGAUCAACGAAGUUGUGAAGAAUUAUCUUGAACAUGAUAAAGAAGUUCAAUCGGUUAUUGAAUACGUCCAAAGUAAGGAUUUUCGUGAAUUGGUUAGAUUAGUUGAAGAAAUCGAGGAUGUGAUAAAUUUCUAUGGUUAUUUACAUGAAUCUGGUUUGGAUGUUUACCAUCUUGUAAAUAUGUUGCAUGAUUUUCUUGGAUUACCGCAUUUGACACCUCCAUCUUCCUUAAAACUGAAGAGCGUCGCCACAAAUGGUGUUGCUGGGUUGAUCGCAGAAAUCAAAGCACUUCUUCCGCUAGAAGAUAUCAAAGCGAUGUACUAUCACAAGCUAGAGACCUCUGUACACUUCAAGCAGCUUAUAGAACGCCUGCGAUCGCCUAAAUUCCAAGCAAUCAUGGACACUCUGCUCGCAAAUCAAGAAUUCCAAGCAAUUUUAGCAGCAGCCAAAAAUUACGGUGUUGACGUAAGAGCAUUAGCUGAUUUGUUGUCUACAGUUUUUGGUCUUGAGUUCCCUUCAAAUAUUAAUUUUUACCAAACCAGAGCCAAACGCUCCCUUCGCGAUGACUUAGAUGACUUUGUAAGACUUUUGCCCCUCAAAGAAAUGAAAAAAGUAGUCAUACUCUACGUUGAACAUGAUGAAGAGGUCAAAUCAGUCAUUGAAUACGUGCAAAGUAAAGAGUUUGUUGAAUUGGUGCAAGUAGUAGAAUCCAUUGAAGAUGUUAUCAGCUUCUAUGACUACCUUCAUGAAUCCGGGUUGAAUGUUUAUGACUUUGUUAAUAAGUUGCAUGACGUCAUUGGCCUUCCUCAUCUUCCUAAGCCAUCAGGAUCUCUGAAAAAAGUAACUACCAAUGGAGUCGCUGGUCUGAUCGCUGAAAUCAAAGCACUUUUGCCGUUCGACGACAUUAAAGCGAUGUACUAUUACAAAUUGAAAACAUCCGUCCAUUUUAAACAACUCGUUGAACGGUUCCAAUCUCCGAAAUUCCAAGCGAUCAUUGACACCCUCCUCGCGAACCAAGAGUUCCAAGAGAUCAUCACAGCAACUAAAAAGUUUGGGAUCGACGUCAGAGCUAUCGCUGAUCUGCUUUCAACUAUGUUUGGGCUUGAAUUUCCUUCAAGUAGUAAAAGUCUUAGAAGGAGUAUCACUGACCAUUUGAACGAUUUCAUAGUUUUGUUGCCGUUUGAUAAAAUCGCAAAUAUCGCUAUUGAUUAUAUUUUGAACGAUGUUGAAGUCCUUACUGCUGUUGCGUACCUAAAGUCGGAGGAAUUCAAGGAUUUGAUGGUCAGGGUGGAAAACGACCCAGAAGUUGUUGAGUUUUUGGAUUAUUUGAAAGGAUUAGGAGCAGAUUUUCAUAAUUUGAUUAGCACUAUCAACGAUUUAUUGGAUAUUCAUCCACAAUUUCAGCACGGAAAAUUGACCGCAAUACAUUCAGUUGGAGGGAUUCAAGGAAUGUUGAACGAAAUCCGCAAAGUGAUUCCUUACGAAGAAAUCAAGGCUUUGUACGAGCACAAAAUAAAACAUUCUGAAGAAUUCAAGCUCUUUCAUGAUCAGCUAAAGAGCCCAGAAUUCCAAGCUCGUGUUGAUAAGCUAGUCAUGAACCAUAACCUGCAGGAAUUGGGGGCACAAGCUCAUCAGUACGGAAUUAGCAUCAACAAAAUCACUGAGUUUCUUUCCGAGCUGCUUGGUUUGAAAUUCCCGGAGUAUCCAAGUCUUCCAGCUUCUCUGCGAAGAAGAGUGUUCAAGAGCCUCAACGAUGAUCUGGAUGAAUUUCUUGCGCUGGUGUCCUUUCAGGAGAUCAUCUAUACUGUUGUUGACUACGUUUUGCAGGACGACGAGGUCCAUAAAGUUGCAAUUUACCUUCGCUCGGAAGAGUUCAAGGUGCUGGACCAAGCUUUGCACCAAAUUCCGGAGUACAAUGACAUUUUGAAGGAGUUGAGUUCUAUUGGAUUCAAUGUUGAGAAAUGGAUCAAUGAUAUUCACAGUUUUCUGGGUAUUGAUCCCUAUCAACUUGGUUUUAAGAGGAAUUUUUCAAAUUUCAAAGAACCUGGAAUUACUGGACUUAUUGAGGCUAUCAAAGCAUUGCUGCCCUACGAAAACAUCAAGAAUCUUUAUCAUGAGAAGUUAGAAACUUCGGAAGAUUUUAGAUUAUUUGUGGAACUUAUCAAGUCAUAUAAAUUCCAAAAACUCACUGACACACUUUUUGCGAAUAACGAAUUCCAGAGUCUGCUCCACAAGGCUAAAAGUCACGGGAUCAAUUUAACAGUUAUUUCAGACUUCUUUUUGCGGGUUUUUGGAAUUACAACACCUUCAGGCGCCUUUGAAUCCAUGUAAAAUUAUUAGAAAUAAAUCAUUCUUAUCUAGAUUACUACUUUCAUACGGUUACCAAAAUAAAUAAUUAAUUUUGUUGAUUUAU